AUUUAGGGGGGAGGAAGCAAGUUUGCUAUUAGCAAGAGGAAGCGCCGUUGUUAAGAAGUCUACGCUUGUAAGCGAGGCAGGACCAGGCUGAAUCACUGUAGAUGACAUAAGGCUUAGGUGUCAAAAGAAGUUUUUUAUGGAGUAGCAAGGCAUAAGAUUGUUGGCUAAUGUGAGUGUCCUGGUCUACAGACUUCCCGGCCAUUAAUCAGGAGUUACUUCAACCCCGGCAAAACACAUCUUUCCGGCAUCGAAGACAGUCUUUUAACAAGGACAUGGCAGCGGCUACAGUGGUUGAAAGUGAUUCUACAGCUAAGGGUGCAGCUGCCUUUUCUGAUGUCCAUAGCGCGGGUUGGACUGACGCUCAGCUCCGAAAGUAUCCCUUCCAAACCAGAGCUAUUCCACGGCUCUCACAUACAGACCCCCGCGCUGAGAUGCUAAUCAACAAUGAGGAACCAGUCGUCCUAACUGACACCAACCUGGUCUACCCGGCUCUUAAAUGGGACAUUAGCUAUUUGCAGGAGAACAUUGGGAAUGGAGACUUCUCGGUUUACAUCGCUGAAAACCACAAGUUCCUUUACUACGACGAGAAAAAAAUGGCAAACUUUGAGAACUUUGUGCCCAAGUCUCGUCGAGUGGAGAUGAAAUUUUCAGAAUUUGUGGAGAAAAUGCGUCAAACAGAAGAAAAGGGCGGAGAUGAGAGAGUGUACCUGCAGCAAACCCUCAACGACACGGUGGGACGGAAAAUUGUCGUCGAUUUCCUGGGUUUCAACUGGAACUGGAUUAACAAGCAGCAGGCCAAGCGAAACUGGGGACAGCUAACGUCAAACCUGCUACUCAUAGGCAUGGAAGGAAACGUGACGCCAGCACAUUACGACGAGCAGCAGAAUUUCUUUGCCCAAAUCAAAGGUUACAAACGCUGUAUCUUGUUUCCCCCUGAGCAGUUUGAGUGUCUCUACCCUUACCCUGUCCACCAUCCCUGUGACAGGCAGAGCCAGGUGGACUUUGAGAAUCCUGACUAUGAAAAGUUUCCCAAUUUUAAAAAUGUUUUUGGAUAUGAGGCCGUGGUGGGGCCUGGAGAUGUUCUUUACAUCCCAAUGUACUGGUGGCAUCACAUUGAGUCUCUGUUAAACGGUGGGGUGACAAUCACGGUCAAUUUUUGGUACAAGGGCGCUCCCACUCCACGGAGGAUAGAGUACCCACUGAAAGCUCAUCAGAAGGUGGCUAUUAUGAGAAAUAUCGAGAAGAUGUUGGGAGAGGCCUUGGGGGAUCCACAUGAGGUCGGCCCCUUACUGAACAUGAUGAUCAAGGGCCGAUACGACCAGGGCCUGAGUUAGGGGCCCCGUCAAACGGACUGCCUCUAGAGUGCUGCUUUGGAGGAGCUUCUGUGUGUGUGUGGUGUCAUGAGAUGGAGUGAGUGAGUGUGUGUGUGUGUGUGUGUGUGUGUGUACAUUAGGACUGCGGAAUUACUGGUGCAUGGCAGUGUUUGAGCACUUGAAAAAAACAAAAAAAAAAACAAGGAAAAAA